UCUAGACUCAAAUCUGAGCUGCUGUAGCUUGUGUUCCCCGCCCUCCGAGAGACUGUAGGCUGAGGGGCCACGACAGCCUGUUCCACAUAGCAUUUACUACCACAGCCCCAAAGGCACCUGCUCCAGGCCUUGAGCUGCUUAAAACUUCCCGGAACCCUUAGAAACCCACAUCCAGCGGCUGUGAGCAGAGCUAGACUUCACACUGAGCAGCUGCAGUCGGAGAAACCAGAGAAAGCGCCACCCAGCUCCAGAUUCCAAGAGGCCUGCCUACUGGGGACUCCCUUCUCUUCCUCCUCCUCCUCUUCCUCCCCUCCUCCCUCCUCCUCCUCCUGAGACCCCAAAGCCACUCUCACACCAGUUCCUGAGCUGCAAUGGAACUGGCAGCCACCGCCCCCUGGCUGUCCUCCGCCCUGCCAAGCAGAUAGGGCGGUAGCUACCCCAGGCGUACCUGCCCCCUCUCAGCCUGGGCCAGCCCUUUCUGGACUUGGUGGCCACCUUUGCUGACCUGAGGCCAUGUAGGCCCUGGCUCAGGCCUCUGGACACACUGCUGGGGACAGUGCCUCUGCUCUCAGGGGGCACCCAGUGCACCAUCAUGCCCUGGGGACUCGCCUGGUUAUACUGUCUUGGGAUCCUACUUGACGUGGCUUUGGGAAACGAGAAUUUGGAGAUAUGGACUCUGACCCAAGAUAAGGAGUGUGACCUUACAGGCUACCUCCGGGGCAAGCUGCAGUACAAGAACCGGCUUCAGUACAUGAAACAUUACUUCCCCAUCAACUACAGGAUCGCUGUGCCUUAUGAGGGGGUACUCAGAGUGGCCAACAUCACAAGGCUGCAGAAGGCCCAUGUGAGUGAACGAGAACUGAGGUACCUGUGGGUCUUGGUGAGCCUCAACACCACUGAGUCUGUGUUGAAUGUGUUGCUCGAGGACCACCCGUCCUGGAAGUAUCUGCAGGAGGUUCAGACAUUGCUGGAGAACGUUCAGCGGAGCCUCAUGGAUGUGGAGAUUGGCCCGCACUUGGAAGCUGUGUUAUCACUCCUGAGUACUCCAAACCUAAGCCUGAAGCUGGUGCGGCCCAAAGCCUUGCUGGACAACUGCUUCCGGGUCAUGGAGCUGCUGUACUGCUCUUGCUGUAAACAAAGCCCCAUCUUAAAAUGGCAGGACUGUGAGCUGCCCAGGCUUCAUCCCCACAGUCCAGGGUCCUCGAUGCAAUGUACAGCUACCAAUGUGUACCCUUUGCCUCGGCAGACCCCCACCUCCCUGCCCAGGUCCCCAAGCUCAAGCCAUGGUCCAUUGCCCUGAGUGAUCUGUGUGUUGAUCCUGGGUCAGGCCACUGGAUGUGUUUCAGAAACUAGCCGGGAUCUGAGACUUUCCUGGACGGUGGGUAGGUAGCCCUUUAGGAACGGCUUCCUGCCUUCUCUUCCACACCCAGGCUUCCUGCCUUCUGUACCUGUGAUAUUACCCAGAGCCUCGGGGGAGGGGUGGGGAGGGGAUGGCUGGUUGCUGUCCCCUACAGCCACCUCUACCUGUGGCUGGUUCUGAAAUCUGCAAACACUGUUGCCCCACAAGCGGGUGGCCAAUAACGAUGGGGUGCCACAUAGGAUUCUGGGACUUACUGGGGCUUUUCAGUCGUGCUGACUGUGGGGCGCUGGGCUGAGGACCGACCAAAUGCCGUUAUCUUGCCACGACAAUGCUCUUCUGGUUCCUUUUUCUAUUAAAUGGCCAUUUGUUUGGUUUGGCUUGCA